AGACACAGGGAUUAAAGAACUGUUGAGGAAAACUCGUUUGAAUCGCGUGCGUGUGUCGAACUAUCGGGGAGAAAUCCGUCGUCAGACCGGUGGUAAAUCCGGUCUGCCGGAAACAUAGAAAUGGCAUCACACCAUGAAGCCUACAUUCGUUGCUCCUGGACGUUCAGGUUUGUCUGUCUGGCGCUACCGUUAAUCAUACACCUGCGAGCCAAUAGUGCUCUCGAUUAUGUGCACGGUAAGUCGAGUUCCGUUGCCAUGGAACCUGAUAUUGCUUCCGCCAUUUUCGUCAUCAGUACAAGCCUGGCAUUAAGCCGCAUCCUAGCGAAUGUCAUUCCAUUCUACGCGGACGAACAACAGACGAUGACGUUGAAGGUAGAAACGCUGCUGAUUUGUCUAACCAUGAUCCUAGCGAAUAUUGUGUUCUGUGAUUUGGCCCUGCGUUUAAUAUGGAUCCCUAUACAGUACAUGCUGUGGUGGAUUUGCAAGCACAAAAUUUUGACGCUAUUGGUGAAAGCAUUUCUAUUUCCUGUGAAGGAUUUUGCUUCGUUUCGGCCGUACUAUUUGAGAGCUUUGGCAGCAUCCAGUUCCAAGAGAGGAUUUUAUUAUUUGCGGCUUUUGACGGUUUUGACAUUUCUUUACGCAGUUUUGUUUCGGCUUCCGAAACACAUCGAAACAGGCAGUGAGAAGAAUUCUCCAACACCACCAUGUGAUAUACCGGAAGGAACGCAAGGACCAGAUAAGCAGCAUAAAAAUCUUAUUACAAAUUCAUCUUCAUAAAUGACUUCCAUAGCUUCCUUAAUUUUUGCCUUGGCAGUACACAUUUACUAUAAAAUUCCCGUGUUCGUGCUCUCCAAGUCUUUGCGGCUAUGCAACACAUCACACUGCAAGUUUCGAAAAGUUCUAAUCAUAUCGUCCAGCGUCAUGUGGUUGUCAAAGUUAACCAUAUUUUCGGCUCAAUAUCGCCGGCAACUGCCGCUGUACGUGCAAGUUCUAGUCGAGUCCCUAUGCAAUGUGGCCAUUAUCGAAGCAAUACAACUCUUCGUUUGGAAUGCUGUUGAGUAUCACGCUUCCAGAGGAAUAGAAACGGUUAAAACUCUAAACAUCUAUCAGGAUGCAGGAGGAGAUAUCAUCAUACAGGCAUUGCUCACAGUCUUUGCUUUUGCUUCCGUGUACUUCAGCAUAACCGGAACAGGUUACUGGCAUACUUUAAAAUCGAAAGUAUUUGCAAUUACAUCCAGCGAAGAAACAAAUGAUUCAUUAGGACUUCAAAUGACGCAGGAGCUUAUGUUGGCCGAAAACGAUGCGCCAAUACCGAAGCGCAGAAAACGAAAGACUAGGUCGCGAUCCAGAUCGAGAUUAAGAUCAAGACGCACAAGAUCAAUGUCGGGAAGAUCAAGACAGCCACGGAGAAAUCAAUAAAUAUAAUUUUGAUUUGAAUAUUUAAAA